CACAACUGAAUCAAAAAAAGUGAUCCACUUGAAGCUCGAGUGAAGACACACUCUGGUCAAAACAAUGACAAAGUGUCCGAAACACAGAGCAAAAACUCCUGAGAUUAUAAAGAUGGCGUUUAUUAAAGAGGAGAGUGAAGACUUGAGGAUUGAAGAAGUAUUCAGUCUGAAACAAGAAGAUACGGAGGAACAAACAGACCUGAUGGUGCUGAAAAAGGAGAGUGAAGUACUAGAUGAAAUGCAAGAUGAAGAUCAGUAUAAGAAAGAGCAUGAUUUCAUAACUGGACAAAAAUCAAUUAGUUGCUCUCAGACAGAAAAGACUUCCACAAAAAAAAGAGCUAAAAAGACUGGAACUAGAGAUCAUUACACCUGCCAGCACUGUGGAAAGAUUUUCAAUCAGCAUGGAAACUUUAAAGUCCACAUGAGAGUUCACACUGGAGAGAAGCCUUAUACAUGUCAACAAUGUGGAAAGAGUUUCGAUCAACAAGGGAACCUUAAAGUCCACUUGAGGACUCACACUGGGGAGAAGCCUUAUACAUGCAAACAAUGUGGAAAACAUUUCAAUGAACAUGGAAACCUUAAAGUCCACAUGAGGAUUCACACUGGAGAGAAGCCUUUCACCUGCCAACAGUGUGGAAAAUGUUUCACUAAAAGAGGAACCCUCAAAAGCCACAUGAAUGUCCACACAGGCGAGAAGCCUUACACAUGCCCCCUGUGUGGAAACCGUUUCAGUCAACAAGGAAGCAUUAACAGGCACAUGAGAACUCACACUGGAGAGAAGCCAUACAUCUGCAAACUGUGUGGAAGGAGCUUUACAACAAAACCAAACCUUAGGUAUCACAUGAACAGUCACACUGGUGAGAAGCCUUUUACAUGUGAUCAGUGUGGAAAGAAUUUCAGACAUAAAGGAACCAUUAAAAAGCACAUGAUGAUUCACUCAAGAGCUCUCCCUCUCAGUUUUAUAUGUCAUCAGUGUAGAAUGAGUUUUACAGACAGUAAUCACCUUAAAAAUCAUGUAAAAUCUCACACUGGAGAGAAGCUUUUCAUGUGCAAUGACUGUGGAAAGACUUGCUCAAACAAGACAAACCUAAAGAUUCACAUGAGAAUUCAUACUGGAGAGAAGGCUUUCACCUGCCCUCAGUGUGGAAAGAGUUUCAGAUUUAGAGGAAACCUUCGGACUCACAUGAGAGUUCACAGUGGAGAAAAGCCUUACACCUGCCUUCCAUGUGGAAAGAGUUUCACACUUAAAGGAAACCUUAACAUUCACAUGAGGCUUCACACUGGAGAGAGACAUUUCACAUGCCAUGAGUGUGACAUGAGUUUCAAAUAUCAGAGAAACUUGAAAGAUCAUUUGCAAACUCAUUCUGGAAAGACACUGACAUGUUCUUCAGCAUGACAAGUUUUGAAAAAGGAGCAAUU